ACAAUUUGGAGUAGAGUUGGACUGUUUUCAGGAACUUCCUUUUAUUUUCUAUUUGACUUUUGACGUGUCUGGUGCAUUGAGUUUGUACUGUUGGUUUGAGCGUACUAUUCGUAGUCUAGGAUCUGUUGAGUGGAAAGCACUAUUUUAAGUUAUAAAGAUGGAUCAGAUCAAGAUGAAACUUGAACCAGCUCGUCGAUUUGCCAAGGACUCCUUGAGGCUUGUCAAGAGAUGUACCAAGCCAGACAGGAAAGAAUUCCAGAAGAUUGCUGUUGCUACUGCCAUUGGAUUUUGCAUCAUGGGUUUUAUUGGAUUUUUUGUGAAACUGAUACACAUCCCUAUCAAUAACAUAAUUGUAGGCUCGUAAGUGCUCAAAGACCACAACUGACGAUGUCAACGACUGUUCUUGUCUCAUACUGAGAUACUUUAAUUAUAAAUUAUCGCUUUGUUGUCAGUUAAACUUAUUUAUUUUAUACACAUUUGAGUUUGUAAAACAAUAAAUUCUAUAUUGGUGGUUUAUAAGA